AUGAAUCCUGGAAAUGCAAGUUCUCCAAAGAUCUUCAUUCUCUUGGGUUUCUCUGACCACCCAUGGUUGGAAAUGCCCCUCUUCAUGAUGGUGCUCCUUGCUUAUGUGUUCACACUGUUGGGCAAUAUCUCUAUUAUUGUGGUAUCUAGGAUAGAUCCUCAUCUUGAUAGCCCUAUGUAUUUCUUCCUUUCUAACCUCUCUUUCCUGGACCUGUGCUUUACCACAACUACCGUCCCUCAGCUCCUGUUGAACCUUUGGGGUCCAGAUAAAUCUAUCAGUUAUGGGGGAUGUGUGAUCCAGUUUUAUAUGUUUCAUUUCCUGGGGGCUACUGAAUGUAUCCUCUUAGCUGUUAUGUCCUUGGAUCGUUACCUAGCCAUCUGCAAGCCCUUGAGGUACCCAGCUGUCAUGAAUAAGCGACUUUGCAUCCUCCUUGUGGCCAUGGCAUGGCUAAGUGGUUUAGCUAACUCCUUACUUCAAUCAUCUCUCACUGUUCAGCUUCCACUUUGUGGUAAUAACAAGGUAGACAACUUUCUUUGUGAAGUCCCAGUGAUGAUCAAGAUGUCAUGUGUUGACACCACAUUCAAUGUGGCUAUGCUCACCACUGUGGGAACACUCUACUCCCUAGUUCCCUUGUCACUUAUCCUCGUCUCCUAUGGGUUCAUUGUAGCUACUGUGCUCAGGAUUCGGUCCUUAGAAGGAAAGAAGAAAGCCUUUAACACAUGUGGUUCUCAUGUUUUUGUUGUGUCCCUCUUCUAUGGGCCAGUAAUUAUUAUGUAUGUACAACCCUCUGCUACCAACUCACAGGACAAGAACAAACUCAUGUCCCUGUUCUACAGUUUGGUGACUCCUAUGCUUAAUCCUUUUAUCUACACUUUGAGGAACAAGGACAUGAAAGGGGCAAUCAGGAGGCUUCUUAUCUCAUGGUGCCAUUGGGGAACAGAAGAAAUAUAG